AUGCCGGAGAUCAUUACCCUCUACACCGCUAAGGUUUGCCCUUACGCCCAAAGGGCUGAGCUUGCGCUGGAGGAAGCGAAAGCCGACUACACCAAGUUUGAGAUAGAUUUGUCAAACAAGCCUGAAUGGUAUGCGCCAUUGGUUAACCCUGCGAGUAAGGUCCCCGCUAUUGCCUACGGUGGUCCGAAGGUACCCCCCGAGCAGCCUUCCCCCAAGUCUGUCAAGAUUGCCGAAUCGCUCAUCAUCGUAGAAUUCGUCGCAGAUCUGUUCCCGGAGGCCAAUCUCCUUCCCAAGGACCCGGUCCUCAGGGCGAAGGCACGCUUUUUCGUCGAUGCCGUUUCAACCAAGUUCACUCCGACUUGGUUUCCGUUCGUAGCAGGCAAAGGUUCCGCGGAGGACUUUAUCAAGGGUACAGAGCAGGUGCAAGCCCUACUUCCGGAGAGUGGCUUCGCGAUUGGGCAGUACUCGAUAGCUGACAUCGCGAUCACACCAUUCCUUGCUCGAGCUGAGCUGUUGUUGAGGCACGCCAUUGGCGCGUACUCUGCAGAGGAGGCGAAGAAGGUCUACGAAACAGUGUGGUUGUCGCCGAAGUUCUCAAGACUUCAGAAGUACUGGAAUGAUGUGAAGGCCCGUCCCAACUUCAAAGCUUCCUUCGACGAAGAAUACGUUAAGGGGGUGUUCGAGACGCGAUUCGCCAAGAAGUAG